GUUAACUUUAUACUAGUAUGUCACUUUGAGUCACGGAGUUAAGUUGACAUGGUCAAAGACGCCUUUAGCUCUGUUUCCUUUAUUGUCUUCAUACUCUGUUUCUUUAUCAAGAAAAACAAAAAAAAAAACAGAACGCAAAACAGAGUAAAACGAAAAUAAUGUCGAUUCUUCUGUAUUUCAUCUUGUUUCUUCUUCCUCCCACUCUUUUUGCUUUAUUAUUCAUGAAGAAAAUAAAAGAUCCGAAAAAAAAUCUUCCUCCGAGCCCACCAAAGCUUCCGAUUAUCGGAAACCUACACCAGUUUCGAGGAUUGUUUCAUAGAUGUCUUCACGAUCUCGCCAAGAAACACGGACCCGUGUUGCUUCUGCGUCUAGGUUUUGUCAAUAUGGUUGUGAUCUCAUCAAAGGAAGCCGCUGAAGAAGUUCUUAAAACACACGACCAUGAGUGCUGUACGAGACCAAAGACGAUCGCCUCAUCAAAAUUUACGCGUAACGGUAAAGACAUAGCCUUUGCCCCAUAUGGUGAGGUUACGAAAGUGUUGCGCAAGCUUUCGGUUCUUAACUUUUUCAGCACGAAAAAGGUUCGAUCGUUUAGGUACAUAAGAGAAGAAGAGAAUGAUUUGAUGGUCAAGAAACUUAAGGAAUCGGCUCUAAAGAAAUCUUCGGUAGAUUUGAGCCAAACACUUUUCUGUCUAGUUGGAAAUAUUAUAUUCAGAUCCGCCUUUGGACAGCGUUUUGACGAGAGCAAGCACGUCAAUCAGGAAAAGAUCAAAGAACUCAUGUUUGAGGUCCAGACAGUUGGGUCUCUAAGUAGCUCUGAUCUUUUCCCUACUGGUGUGGGAUGGUUUAUGGACUUUGUGUCAGGACGAUCUAAGAAACUUCACAAAGUUUUCGUCGAGGUUGAUACUCUGAUGAAUCAUAUUAUUGAUGAUCACCUGAGAAACCCUAUAGAAGAAACAACUCUUGACCGUCCUGAUAUCAUCGAUUCGCUCUUAGAUAUUACAAAUAAACAAGAGCAAGAUGAAUCUUUCAAGCUCACCAUUGAUCAUCUCAAAGGAAUCAUCCAAGAUAUAUAUCUUGCUGGAGUAGACACAAGUGCCAUCACCAUGAUUUGGGCAAUGACAGAGCUGGUUAGAAACCCACGUGUGAUGAAGAAAGCUCAAGAUGAGAUCCGAAGUUGCAUUGGAAUCAAACAAAAUGGAAGAAUCGAUGAAGAAGAUGUUGAUAAGCUUCAAUACUUGAAGCUUGUGAUCAAAGAAACCUUAAGGCUACACCUAGCAGCUCCUCUUUUACUUCCAAGAGAAACAAUGGUUGAUAUCAAGAUUCAAGGCUACGACAUUCCUCGGAAAACCAUUCUUUUGGUUAACGCAUGGUCGAUAGGACGAGAUCCAAAACUCUGGGAAAACCCUGAAGAGUUUAAUCCGGAGAGGUUUAUCAAUUCUCCUAUUGACUACAAAGGAAAUAACUUUGAGAUGUUACCAUUUGGUUCUGGUCGGAGGAUAUGUCCAGGGAUAGCUUUUGGUAUUUCAACUGUUGAAUUGGGACUCUUGAACUUUCUUUACUUCUUUGAUUGGAGAAUGCCUGAGGAGAAUCAAGACAUGGACAUGGAAGAAGCUGGUGAUGCCACCAUUGUUAAGAAAGUUCCUCUUAAGCUUCUCCCAGUUCUUUAUCAUUAAAAAAAAAUGAAAAAAAAACAAAAAACAAAAAAUCCUCAUAUUUGAAUGAAAUUAUAUAUUGUAAUUUUUGUUGAAAUAAAUAGGGUGACAUGUUGUUUGGAUAAAAAUAAUAGUAAUGUUAAAAGUUUGACGGAGACA